CGUUGGCGCCGCUUGGCCGGUUGUCCUGGAGAACCAAGAUGGCGGCGACGGCGGCCGCGGUGGCGGUGGCGGCCGAGGAGGACACGGAGCUGCGGGACCUGCUGGUGCAGACGCUGGAGAACAGCGGGGUCCUGAACCGCAUCAAGGCCGAGCUGCGAGCAGCUGUGUUUCUGGCGCUGGAGGAGCAAGAGAAAGUUGAGAACAAAACUCCUUUAGUAAACGAGAGCCUGAAAAAGUUUUUAAAUACAAAAGAUGGCCGAUUGGUGGCCAGUCUGGUGGCCGAGUUUCUGCAAUUCUUCAAUCUGGAUUUCACCUUGGCAGUUUUCCAACCUGAAACGAGCACACUUCAGGGCCUGGAUGCCCGGGAGAACUUGGCCCGUGAUCUGGGCAUCAUUGAAGCCGAAGGCACUGUAGGGGGACCCCUGCUCCUGGAAGUGCUCCGCCGCUGCCAGCAGAAGGAGAAGGGCUUCAUCUGUAGGGAGGGUGCUCUGAUGCUGUCGGAGGUGCCGUCUCCCCCGAAGUCUCCUGACGGGAAGGCAGGCACCCACUCCUCCACCAGCAAGAUACCCAGGUAUAAAGGUCCAGGUGAGAAGAAGGUGAGCGGGCAGAAGCCGGGCAGCAAGACCAGCACCGAGGCUAGUGACACCAGCAUCUCCUCCAGUGACUCUCGAAGCAGGAGCAGCCGGCAUAUGUCGAGCCCCGAGAGCAGAGCAGGCACGCUCCUCAGCAGGACCUCGGUUGGCCAUAACAGCGUGGGGCCUGGUGCCGACGCUGAGCCCGACGGCGAUUCUUUUUUUGACGACCCUGUGCUGGAACCCCAGAGUGCCUGCGGCUGGAUACGUGAACCUGGGAAACAUGCCGGAAGCCUGGCCUCGCUGACCGAUGCCCCCCUCUUGAAAAGUGGGCUGAGCUCCCUGGCUGGAGCCCCCUCCUUGAAAGACCCAGAAGGUCAGAGGGGCCGCACAGUUCUUAAAGAUCCACGAGUAGCCAGUGAGGAUGCUGGGACACAUGGCCCAGGGGCGGGAGAAGACGACUAUGCUGAUGAUUUCAAUAGCAGUCACCGCUCAGAGAGAAGUGAGCUCAGCAUUGGUGAGGAGAUCGAGGAAGACUUGUCUGUGGGUGUAGAUGAGCUCAACGCCAGUGACAAGCUGGACGAGCUGACCCAGGACCUGAGCGUGUCACAGCUCAGCGACGUGGCCGAUUACUUGGAGGAUGUGGCCUAGAGCAGGCGGCGGGCAGCAGGUGGCGGUGCUGAGACCGGAUUCUUCUCAGAAUUGACUUUCGUCAUACUGAACAAAGUGCUCCUGAUUGAGCUCGUGUGGGGAGAUUCGAUCGUCUUCACUUGGUUCAGCUACAUGUUUCCCUGGAAGUGUAUGGUUUACACUCAUGCUAGUCGUGGCCGGUAUCUAGGUGACUGCAUGGCUUCGACCAGCCUGAGUCAGAGCCGCUCACUAUGAGGUGCUUUUGCGGAAUUGGCGAACUGACCGUGUCUGUGGCACUGGACCUUCACUGUGACCUCCAGGCAUUGGCACUUGCCCUUGGGGAAGGCUUCUUAGCCCUGUGAGGACAUUAAAGUUCUCCAUAUGUGA